CAUUACUGUAUCUGUUAGCUGGGCAAACUAAUGAUGUGCCAAACGUCAUGCAUGUCUCCAUACUCGUCACAUAAAGCAGAAGUAUGCGAACCAGAAACCUCAUACAGCAGCAUCACUUUCAGCUUUGGUGUUGACUGAUAAAGAAUUUUCCAAGUUUUAUGACUAAUUGGAGUUUCAUACUGAAAGCCAAUGAUGUCCAACAACACCAGUUAUAUUUGGGAUGCCACGACACUCAGCAUCAGCCUAUCAACUGACUAUCCUGACUUUGUGAUUGAUGGAUUUUUAUGUGAAUACGGAUCCCAUGCAAGUCAUUUUGUCCCGGUUCUCUACUCGCUGUUCUUCGUGGUCGGCUUCCUGGGCAACAUGCUGGUGUUGUGGGUGAUCCUGAUAGGGGCUCAGAUGAAAAGCAUGACUGAUGUGUCUCUCCUGAACCUGGCCAUCGCUGACCUUCUUCUCAUCUUCACUCUCCCCUUCCUGGCUCACCAUGCUAGAUAUACCUGGGUCUUUGGUAAUGCCAUGUGCGUGAUGGUCCUCGGUGUGUACUACAUCGGAUUUUACGCAGGAAUUUUCUUCAUCGUGUUGAUGAGCAUCGACAGAUACUUGGCUAUCGUCCAUGCUGUUUUUGCAUUGAGAAUCCGCACAAAGGCUUAUGGGAUUGUAGCUAGUAUGGUCAUCUGGAUUAUAGCUAUUGCAGCCUCAUUUCCUGAGCUACUGUACCUUGGAAUCGAUACCUCCGGGACUGAAAUAUUGUGCAACGCUUAUCCGAAAAAUGGAAGUCACAAUGACAUAAGAGGUGCAGCUUUCUUUAAAAUGAACAUUUUGGGUCUAUUAAUUCCACUGUGUAUUGUGGUAUUCUGCUACUCGUUGGUGCUCCAGAAGCUUCAGUCCCUUCGUACGUCAAAGAAACUGGCCGUCCGUCUUGUUGUCACGGUCAUAGUGGCCUUCUUCUGCUGUUGGAUACCGUACAACAUUGCAGCAUUCCUCAAAGCACUGGAACUGAGGGGAAUUUUGGAGCAGGAAUGUGAGCUCAGCAAAAAAAUCCAGCUGAUGCUACAAGUCACCGAAGCUAUGGCAUACUCGCACUGCUGCCUCAAUCCGUUCCUCUAUGUGUUUGUUGGACAAAAGUUCAGGAGGCACCUCGCCAGACUCCUUCUCCGGACACCAUGCAUCCAUGUGCAGUGCAUGAAGUACUGCAUGACCCAGACCGCAUCCUCUGUGUAUUCACAGAGCACAAGUUUUGAAGAACGCUCAGUUGCCGUCUGAAUGAUGGAGGAAGAUGAAAUAUUUUUUUUUCUUUUCAGCUUAGCAUUAAAAUUUGAUUUGAUUUGAUGGACAUUCAGUUUAUAUGUGCUAGUGAAAAUGAGAAUUUCUAUUUGCAUGUGUUAUAAGUAAAUAAGGAGUAAAAUAAUAAAUGGAGUGUAAUUAUAUUUUAGAUCAACCCUUCUGGACACUUCACAAACACUGCCCUUACGUGUACUUCUGUGGCUGAAAACGUCCACCAAAUUAAUGUUAUAUAAAAUGAUAUCAGAUUAAUAUUUUCUCACAUUUUCCUGCAUAAAUCUGUUAAGCAACCUCAGUUCUAAUCAAAACUACUAGAUAAUAAUUAAAUAAAAAUAAUUACUUUUUAAAUACUCA